CAAUGGAGCACUCCUACAAUCUCCUAGUCUUUUUCUCUCUUCUCUUCUUCAUUAACCCUUCCACAGUUCAAUCGUAUUUCAGGCCCAAAGCUCUACUUCUUCCAGUCUCAAAAGAUCCUUCCACUCUCCAAUACCUUGUCCAAAUCAACCAACGAACACCUUCAGUUCCACUUAAGUUAACUCUUGACCUCGGAGGCCAACAUCUCUGGGUUGAUUGCGAGCAAGGCUACGUUUCCUCCUCAUACAAUCCUGUCCCUUGCAAAUCAGCCCAGUGUUCACUUUUCAAGUUCAAUCUUUGUGUCACUGCGUGCCUUGCUGACCCGCAGCCAGGAUGCAACAAUAACACAUGUGUCCAUUUCCCUGGCAAUACCGUUACGCACAAUGAAGCCAGUGGCGAGGUUGCUCAGGAUGUUGUUUCCAUUCAAUCCACUGAUGGGUCAAAUCCUGGUAGAGUUGUUUCUGUGUCUAAAAUGAUUUUCACUUGUGGAGUAACACAUCUCCUGGAUGGUCUUGCAAGUGGUGUCAAGGGAAUGGCUGGACUUGGAAGGGCUAAGACGUCACUUCCUUCUCAAUUCUCUGCUGCUUUUAGCUUUGACAGGAAGUUUGCCAUUUGCUUAAGCUCUUCGACAAAGGGCAAUGGUGUUGUAUUCUUUGGUGAUGGGCCUUACGUUUUGCUUCCAAGUAUCGAUGUCUCCAAAUCUCUCGUCUACACCCCAUUGAUUCGCAAUCCAAAUGCAGCAUCUUUAUUUUAUGAAGGCGGUCCUUCCUCUGAAUACUUCAUUGGAGUCAAGGGUAUCAACAUCAAUGGAAAAGCUGUUGCAUUGAACACAUCAUUGUUAACCAUUGACAAAGAAGGAAUUGGAGGAACCAAGAUAAGCACUGUAGAUCCUUACACAGUAAUGGAAAGAACAAUCUUCAAAGCCGUUACCAAAGCUUUUAUCAAGGAACUAGCUGGAGUUCCUAGAGUGGCACCAGUGGCACCUUUUCGUGUUUGCUUUAACUCUGCGAAUAUCGGCAGCACUCGAGUUGGGCCUGCUGUCCCACAAAUUGAUUUUGUCUUGCAAAGAAAAAGCGUCCUCUGGAGCAUUUUUGGUGUAAACUCGAUGGUUCGAGUUAAAGAUGAUAUGCUGUGUCUUGGGUUCGUAGAUGGAGGCGUAAAUCCCAGGAGUUCAAUAGUCAUUGGAGGGUACCAAUUGGAGAACCAUCUUCUACAGUUUGAUCUAGCCACUGCAAAGCUUGGAUUCAGCUCUUUACUGUUGUUUGGACAGACAACUUGUGCCAACUUCAACUUUACCUCUGUAGCUUAGAUGGAUUUUGUUGUAUUGUUUCCUUGUAAUAUUAUAUUACAUAAUAUAAUACUGCACGUGCUGUUGGAAGAAUAAAUACACAUGUGGCCUUGGACUUAUCCAUUAAUAGAUUAUCCGCCUAAUUACAUUGC